CAUUUCUCAAUUUCUACCUCCCACGCUAUUGUGCUGUCGUACAAUACCACCACUCCCUACCUUUCACUUCACUCUAACCCCAACAACCCUCCGCCCUACUCCGCGCUGAAUACAUACAAUAGCAACCUCCUUAUCCACGCAACAUCCACCAGAUAAUAGCAAUCCCUAUUCAGCAUCCUAUUGUCCCCGUACCUCACAAAAUGCUGUCUCCCGCCCCCUUCUUCCAUCCUCUCCUUAUCCCCACAACAUCUCUCUACCAUCCUACCAUCCUACAACAUCCACAUCUCCACAUCUUGCUGCAGGCCAGCAUCUACAUCAUCACAUCUCCUACUGCACCCUUGCUGCUGGCCAGCAUCCAACAUGACCACCUCACCACGCACCGGCACUCUCUCUCCCCGCCCGCCACUCCUCCUCGGCGACGGCACAGAACUCUCCACCUACCCCCAGCAAGCGCGUUCCGCGCUACUCAACGACGUGCUCCCGCUAUGGAAAGCCGCUGCCGCCGGACGGCGCGGCCGCAAGCGCCCGCUCAGCAAGAAAGAGAUCGCCCAGCGCCAGCGCGGGCUCGCCGGCAUCAACGCACGGAUCCACGACGACUACGCGCUUAUGCGCGGCUACGAGGGCGCGAGGAGCUGGCAGGUGAUGGGAGCCAGGGAGGCGGCGGGGGUGCGGAAGAUGCAGAAGGUCUGUGGGGUCCAGCGGGGGCGGGGAGCUGGAAAGGAGAGGAUGGGGUUGAAGACUGGUGGUGGGGGAGAGAAGAGGUGGAUUGUGGGAGGCGGGACGGAGAGGAAGACGAGAUUGGGUGUUGUUGUGUGCGCUGUGGGGGCUGGUGAGGGGAGGGUUGGGGUUGUCCGGGAGGGGGAGGAAGACAGGAAGGACAGGGUGCUGGUGGAGAGGGAGAAGCGGUUCUGGGGUGGAUACCGGCAGGUCCGGAGUGGGUUGUAG